UGGGAGUGGGCGAGCUGGGAUAGGCUGGGAGUUUGGUUGGAGCCGUCAGCGGGUCGGGACAAGCUGCAGGAGAGGAGGGAAACAGGGACCGAUAGAUCGUCAACUUAUUUUCUCUGGGGUGGUUGAAUGUUGGGCAGGAAAUUUGACGUGGUAACUUUUAAGAAAACGGCUUUACAGUCAGAGGUCACGGAUCGUAGCAGCGCGGAUGACAAAGGAGCGUCGCAGUGAAAACUUUUCCAAUCGGGUUUGAUCGCUUGUAAAAACCAACGGGGAACUCUUCUUUUCGUCGUAACGGAAACGUAAAUACGAGGACAUCAUGCCACGGCGCACCGUGCAAGAAGUAACCGUGCAAGAUGUCCAGAAGCGAAGAAAUCCGAACAAACACUACGUUUACAUCAUCAAAGUGUCCUGGAGCGAUGGCAGCACAGAAAUCAUUUACAGACGCUACAGCAAGUUCUUUGACCUCCAGAUGGAAUUGCUGGAUAAAUUCCCAGUGGAGGGUGGCCAGAAGGACCCCAAGCGCCGGAUUAUUCCUUUCCUACCAGGGAAAAUUCUGUUUAGGAGAAGCCAUAUCAGAGAUGUGGCAAUGAAGAGGCUGCGACCCAUCAAUGAAUACUGCAGGGCUCUGAUUCAACUGCCAGUCUAUAUUUCUCAAUGUGAGGAGGUCAGAGUGUUUUUUGAAACCAGACCUGAGGACCUCAACCCACCCAAGGAGGAACCCAUUGGAAAGAAGAAGUCAGGGAUUGUGGAGAGAGCGACUUCUUUCCUAAAGCGAGGAGAUUCAGCCUCUGCAGACCCCCUCCUCCUCGACCAGUAUGUGGCAGUGACAGACUAUGAGAAGCAGGAGAGCUCUGAGAUCAGCCUGCAUGUGGGCCAGGUGGUGGAGGUCAUUGAGAAAAAUGAAUCUGGUUGGUGGUUUGUAAGCUCGGAGGACGCUCAGGGCUGGGUUCCUGCCACCUGCCUCGAGGCACAAGAUGACCCUGAUGACUUCACUCUUCCAGGGGAAGAAGUGCCUCGGAGAUUCUGGUCACUGCCAAGGCACGUGGGUCGUCGCAGAACUUUAGGGGAUCUAUUCAGCACAGGCUUUGGGCAAGAAGAAAAGUACUCUGUGAUUUACCCAUACUCGGCCAGGGAUCAGGAUGAGAUCGACCUGGAAAGAGACAUGGUUGUUGAGGUUAUUCAGAAGAAUUUGGAAGGCUGGUGGAAGAUCAGGUACCAGGGUCGUGAGGGCUGGGCCCCAGCCUCCUACCUGAAGAAGUUUGAUAUUCAGAGCCAGAGACAGUCAGCAGGUGCUGCUGCUCAUGCCAGCACAAAUGACCUGGAAGGGUUUUCUAAACAGAACCAGCAUAACAAUGCAGCAAAAGAGAACCGGGACAACAGCCAGAAGGAGAAUAGACUCUCUAUUUUCUCUGAUAACACCAAAAGUAAAGUGGGAUCAAGACACAGACCUCCUCCACGCAGAGAUCUCACCAUUCCACGUGGUACAAAUCUACCCAAGCCGCCCAUCCCUCCUCAGGUUGAGGAAGAGUUCUACACCAUUGCAGACUUUCAAACCACCAUUCCUGAUGGUAUUAGCUUUCAAGCUGGGGUCAAAGUGGAGGUGAUUGAGAAGAAUGCAAGUGGUUGGUGGUACAUUCAGAUCGAUGAAAAAGAGGGAUGGGCCCCUGCCACUUUUAUUGACAAGUACAAGAAGACCAGUAAUGCCCUGCGACCCAAUUUCCUUGCUCCACUGCCCAACGAGAUGGAAAAACUGAGGCUGGAGAAUGGUACUUCUUCAAAUGCUUCAGGCACAGAUGACACCUGGUCCAAGCCUUUACCAGAUGAGCCGACCACAGCCCCCGAGUCCUGUGCCCGGCCCAAGCUUAAAGACUGGAAGUCCAGUGCCAGCAAGGGGAACAGUGCCUUCUCCGGGCCUUUACCACCAGCUCCAGCAGCCCCUCCAGCUGAGGCGAAGCCAGCUCUGCCCCCUCGAAGGGAGUCCAUCAAUAAGAGCUUUGAAUUGGAGGUAGCAGAGAAACCAAGAUCAGAUCAUUCCAAACCUUUGCCCCCAAAACCCCCAGCACCUGGUGUCAUUGUGCCCCUUGUUACACCCAAGACAACCCCCUUCAAACCAGAGAAACCAGCAGAGAAUAAGAAAGAUGAUAAGAGCAAAGCACUUCAUCUUCGAAAUGAAAUGGGUCUUGAAUGUGGCCACAAGAUUUCUGCUAAAGAGGUGAAGAAGUUUAAUCUGAAGCCAGUUCCCAAACAGCCACCGAAGCCCAAGUCAGAGGUGCAGGAAGAGAAACCGGAGGCAGCUGGUCCUGCUUUGUUCAUGAAGGCCAAGCCGGUGAUCAGACCCAAACCGGCCCCAGCAGCCAAGCCAGAUCCCCCAGCAGAAAGCGUAGUGGACAUUACUAACCUGAGAAGCAAGUUGAGACCAUCAAAACCUGCAGAUCUGGGUCCUGUAUCAGCAGAGGUGAACCAACACAAUGGUCCCUCAGCAGCAGGAAAUGGUCCCCACCCAAGUUCACCACCUAGCUCUUCCCCAGUCCACAUCCCCACUCUCAACAAUGGUAAGUACUCAGAUGAACCCAAACUCCCUUCAAAACAUACAAAUGGUCUCAGCCAGGAGGGCUCAUCAUCCCCUGCUAAUCCACCUGUGCCCCCCCAUAAGGAAGCCCCUCAGAGACCUCCUGCCAUGGCUCCUAAAAGACCUCCUCCUCCGAAGAAAAGUGACCCGUCAAGCCCAACAGACCCCAAACCUCCUGCAAUAAAAGAACCUCAGGAGAUCCCCAAGCCAGGACCACCACAACUUAGCAGACCCCCUCCCCCAAAACCCAAAGGGUUUUCCCAGCCACCUCCAAACAAAGAGAAAGAAGAGAACAGGGUUAAUAAACUCCCGGUUCCUCCCAAACCCCAGCUGAAAAACGAGAAGCCAGGACCACCCAAAGACAAGCUGCCGCCUUUACUGAAGGAGCCCAGUAAGGAUGAGCUCUAUCUGGCGGUGGCAGACUUUGAAGGAGAUGAGCAAACAUCCACCUUCAAGGUGGGUACAGUGUUCGAGGUUCUGGAGAAGAACAGCAGCGGGUGGUGGUUCUGUAAAAAUGUAGGGGAAGACGUCGAGGCCUGGAUCCCCUCGAAUUACCUGAGCAAGAAACCUUAGAUAGGACAUAUGCUCUAAAAUAUAACCACACAAAAUACACAUUAGGGAUUUAAAUUAAUAGAAUAUCACAAGUUUAUUGCUAGUUAAGUUUUCUUUUUUUUAAUUUAUAGGUACCUUUUUGUUUUUUAUAGAAGCUUUUUGUUUUCUUUGUUAUAAAAAAUAUUCUACCAACCAACUGAACGAGCAAUAACACGACCUUAUCAAGGUUUUGUGAAAUAUACUUUUUUUCUUUUAAAUCUAGUUAUUAUAUGUUAUGUUAGUUGCUAUUGUGGCCACAUGCCAGUCGCAGCCUGUGUCUGUUUUGCCAUAACUCAGGCUAAUCACUUGAACAGAAGUGGAUGAAUCUACACCCACGCCUUUUAAGAUAUGGUGCCUCAAUAUUAUAUGCAAAUGCUUCUGUGCUUAUUAAAAUAUAUGCAGCUGUAGACUUAGUCCUUAUUGUAAUCAUUUGACUGAAGAUCACAUUAGAUGUUCAGAUUUUGUCAGUUUCUUUUCAGCAGUAGACCCCCAAAAAAAACCUCAAUCUCUAAAAAGGCUGCACAGGAGCAUAUUGAGGGAUUUUACUAACCUCAUAUGGUGGAUUUAAAGUGCCAUUAACUUUUAGGUAUAUGCUUCUAGCUAUAUCUUUGCCAAGUAGAUGAGCAGUCUGUUACAUAGAGACCUGCAUGUUAGUUUCCUGCUAUUGCAAAGCUUUUCUUUAUUGAUUGCAUAAUCAGUGUUGCAGUGAUUUGUAACAGAUGUGCACUUUGUCAGUUUAAGUGAGGUAAGGUAAAGUUUUUGCACACCCUAAAGGAGGGUUAAGAAUGCCACAGUGCAUUUUGAUUUCUUGCUAGCCCUUUUUUUUGGUUUGUUUUUUUGUUGGUAUGUUUUCUUAUUCACCUCAUGACAGCGAAAUAGCCUCCUCAUUUCUCAUUAUGUAAAGAUGAGGCUGGAAUAUCCAAAUUCAAAAGGGUGAGAAGAAACAUUUUAACUUUUAAACAUCUGGAAUUAAGAUUUGCAGAAUGUGAAUUGCAGAGCAAAUCUGCAAGAUUUACAUUGGUAUGUGCAAUGAUUUACAGUAUUGUAAGUAUAGAGGAUGUUCCUAACUGAUGUUUGGUGCUCAAAUAAAACACAAAGUGAUGAUCAUUGUAUAAAUUUUUUUUUACAUUAUUGCUUGACUGGUUUCAAGCAUACUCAAUAUAACAAAUUAUUUUUAUUGUACAGUAAUGUGUCAUAUCUUUACUAUGUCCUUUGUGUGUUUUUUUUUUUUUUUUCCCCCUCCUGUGUUGUGAUCAAGCAGUUAAAUAACAUAAGGGAUUUGGCGGUCAAAUAAAAAGUAGGCCACUUAACAAAAAGUCAAUAGACAAGGCAUAACGCUGCAACACUGAUACAGUUUUGCUUCUAGUCGCAAUAGUGUUCCACCAUCUACAAGCCAUAUUUUAUGCAGAAAUGACAGUCUAGUAAAGAAAUGUUAAGGUUUAUUUCACCCGAAUAUGGCCAGGAGAGUACAGUAGACUGCAAGACAAAUGUAUUUGUUCAUGGUGUCGUUUCAGUAUUGUAUUUGUUUUACUUUUAAUGCUUUGUAUUUUUCCAUUACAUUGAGUCUGCUUUUGCUUUAAGUCAAUAAAAGUUGGAUUUUUCACUUCA